AUGGCAACCGUCACCAGCAUCAGGGCAGUCGAGCCAGGCUUGGAUGCUCACACCAAUACGAAUCAAAGUGAGUCCGUCUUCAAACCCAAGUCCUUAAUCGACUGAGUGAGCCGGCAGCUGCGGAGGCCAUUCGGCGCUCGCCGGCCCCCACGCGCUAUCCUCGCAAAGUCCAGACCGGCUCCGAUUUGGGACCUGCGCUGUGGGGUAUGUGCUCUUCGGAGGCUCAGGUUCUGCAUCAGAGGAAGGGUUGCCGCGGCGUGUACCGCCUGUUCUCGUGUCCUGUUGCACUUCUGUUGUCAUUUUGGUCGAUGACACUCGAGUGCCAUUGAGUGACAAGCUCUUAAAAUAGCGACUGACCGUGACGACUUGACCGGUCCUCGGACCUCGCGCAGCCUCAUCGCCAUCGUUCAAACCUUCGGCGCUCGGCCCCAAAAAGGUUCAUCAUUUGCCCUCGCUCUCGUCGCCGUCUUCGCUAGGAGGCACCAAAAAUGCCGGGGGAUCAUUCCUCACACCUCUGUCGGCCGAUUCCAAUAAGGGCUUGAUUCGCAAGAACUCGGUCAGCCAGAUCCCGCUGACCGCCGCGGCCGUCUCGUACCCGACUAUCGUGGCGCGCUCGGACGGGCAUUCGAAUUUUGUUCCCUGUGGUCCUGCACCGACCCCGACGUCAAAAUCGAACUUGACCGGCAAGGAAUCGCGAGAGAGCCUUUACACACCAAAAGAGGACGACCCUUCUCAAGCCGUUAUUCUUAUCGUGAAACGAGGAUCAAAAACCCGACCAGCCCCGCUCAAAAUUACGCCGAGCAACCACACCUUCCUCUCCCCGUUGUUCGAGAAGACGGGCAUCUCGAACAAACUCGGGUUUGGAUCGGGAAAAGACGCUAUGAGCUCGUCGUCAGAACGAGUCACCACACCACGGAGCUGGUCCUCUAGGAGGGCUUCCAGACUCGAGUCGAAUGGCAGCGAGCCAAGAGCGACUUCUGCUGACGUGAGUCGACCGGAAUCGCAUUGCCGGCGGGGGAGCAAAGCUCAUAACUGACUGAAACCAUCCUACCCCACGAUCGGAACGUGCAGAGGCCAACAUCGGUCAAUUAUCCAUAUGCCGACGAAACACGAAGCACCGAGGCGAUGCUUGCGCGGGCGAUCGAGUCGCAAGGCGGCCAGGACCUCACGCGCCAGAACGGCAUUACGUACCCUUCCGGCAACACCCCCAACAGUGCACCUGCAGUGACAACCUCACCACGAGUUCCAGUGCACUCGAUUCCUCCUCCAUCAGCCGAACGGGUACCCGCACCGCAGUGGCCGCGGAUGCCCUCGACAGCCUUGCCGACCUCGGUCGUGACGCCUCCUCCAUCUCCUUCGGAGUCUCGGCGGCCGAGUGCUACUUUGCACCGUCGCUCAGCGUCGGCCGAGGAGUCGUCCCCCAAGCCGCUCCAACGCUCCACAUUCGGGCUUCCGGAGCGGUCGCAGCUCGGGAGCCGACCCGUGACGUCCUACGUACCCUCGAUCAGUGGUACAGCCUCGUCGCAGCACCCAAUUUCGACCGAGACGUCUACGACAUCGCACAAAGCAGCCCAUCCGCUUUCAGUCUCGCCACCUGUGAGCGCAACGGCAGAGCCCAACCAGUUGGCGGCCUUGCGAGGUGGUCGACGGUCCAGCUCGACGACGUCUUCCUCCGGGGGUUCGCUCUUAGGAACCUACAACCAAGAUCGUCGCGCUACGGUCCGAGUCGACGACUUUGCUUCGUCCAAACGACGUGGUAGCCCGCCGCCUCCUGCGGGAACCUCUUCGUCUCGUCGACCUUCGACCGCGCACGCACCCCAGGUGCCGAGCGCGGAACAUGUCAGCAUUAGCCUUAAGGCGGCUACGCCCUCUGCUGCAUCCCGCGAAAUUGCACGGCCGGCGCUGAGCAACGACGGCAUCACCUUGCUCUUGACGAGUAAUCACCGACCCGAGAAUCUCGAGGUCGGAUGGAGCUGCACGAGCGGUAUCGGCGAAGAUGGCGUUCCUUAUUCGACGUACUCGUUGACGCUCAAACCCAAGGCUUUAGCGCCGGUCCGCCGCCGGUCUUCUGCUACUUCUGCGCGCAACAUCCAGCCUGUCUCCCGUGCUGCUGCGGCACCCAACGACGUCGACUCGACUAAGGCGUCACUGUAUUCGUACAGGCUCAGCUCGGAAUCGGCCUCCGACCGUUCGCCCUCUCAGAGCGGGCUUUCGGAUCCUGAAUCACCGAGGUCGGCGCCGAUCCCCAACAGCGCCAAAUUACCCGACGGUUCGGACUCUGUGCCCGCCCCUCAACUCUCCGCUGGCGGCGAUGCAGCGAGUGCGAUAGCGUUGGAGGCCCCGUGGCUCAUCACACCUGCCGAUGCCGUACUGCAACGCCGCAACUCGGCCCAUCCCAAGGUGGCGCCGAGCCCUACGAAGCAGAGGUUCGACAAGUACCUGAUGCAACAGAACGGGGCGUCUUCCGGUGCAUUGGGCCUCGGGUUUACGCUUGGUCCUGCGUCGUCUGUCCCCACGGCGGCGGCGCAGACGAUGACUCGUCCCUCUCUUGCGGACCGAUCGCACUCGUCGUUCGAAUUGGACCCUCGGACGCCGACGCGCACACGGCCAAGCCACAUCGCCUUCCCCGAUCCUAUGGGCACUCGGUCACGCCAAGAUUCGAUCUUCGUCGCUGGUAUCCUAGGUGUGCCCGAGAACGACGUUGACGAAUCGCUCAAGAUGCUUAGUCAAAUCCCCACGCCGAACCCUCAGGAGUCGUCCGAAGAUUCGGAAUACGACGAUUCGGACGAAGAGGGGGAGAUCCAUGGUGUGACGAGGAAAAAGGAGAGGUUGGUCACUGCGAGGCAGAGGGUGAGGAUGAUGAGUAAAUGGAGUGAUACGGAUGGGGAUGAGGAGGAGGAUGAGAACGAGAUUGAGGCGAGUACGCCGGAUUCAGUUGGGGGAAGUGUAGGGACUGACGCGCCGUCGCCGGUUGUCAAGGCGUGA